UCAGAGCGAGCCAGCUCAAACAAUAUCACGCUCGACUUUAUAAAACAUUCGUGGUACAUGCUGAAAUAGAAAUAUUAUUUGAAGUUUGUUUUUUCACCAUGAUUUUUUGUAUAAAUUGUGUAGUUUUGACAGUCUUGUGCAAUUUGGUCCUUACUGAGGCCCUGUAUGGCUCUAAUGGCGAUGUGGUCGAGUUGACCGCAGGAAAUUUUGAUGGAAAAGUUAUACAAAGUGAUAACAUCUGGCUUGUAGAGUUCUAUGCACCUUGGUGUGGACAUUGUCAGUCUUUGGCUCCAGAAUGGAAAAAAGCUGCCACAGCUCUUAAGGGAAUAAUUCAAGUUGGUGCAGUUGAUAUGGAUGUUCAUAGCUCAGUUGGUGGGCCUUACAACGUUCGCGGUUUUCCUACCAUCAAAAUAUUUGGAGCGAACAAAAGAUCGCCAAUGGACUAUAAUGGACCUCGGACAGCUCAAGGUCUUAUAAAGGCAGCCUUGGAAGCUGCACAAAGUGCAGUAAAUCAGAGAUUAAGUGGAGGUGGUCAAUCCAGUCGUGGGGGAAAGAGUGGAGGAAGUGGCAACACAAAAGAUGUUAUUGAACUCACAGAUAGCAACUUUGAUGAACAGGUUCUUCAAAGUAGCGAUAUGUGGCUUGUUGAGUUUUAUGCUCCAUGGUGUGGCCAUUGCCAGCGUUUAGAACCGGAAUGGAAGAAGGCAGCCACAGAACUCAAAGGGAAAGUAAAAUUAGGAGCUUUGGAUGCCACUGUCCAUCAACAAAUGGCACAGCGAUAUGGUAUUCAAGGUUUUCCAACCAUAAAAUACUUUGCACCAGGAAGUGAUGCUGUAGACUACCAGGGUGGACGAAGUGCAUCAGAUAUUGUACAGUUUGGCUUGUCAAAGGUUGCUGAAAAUGUUCCACCACCAGAAGUAGUUCAAUUAACAGAAACUAAGGUGCUAACUGAUAAUUGCAAUGAGAAGCCCCUUUGUGUGGUUUCAAUACUGCCUGAUAUCUUGGACACUGGUGCUGCAGGCAGGAAUGCCUACCUUAAUAUCCUCAAAGAAAUAGGAGAAAAAUACAAAAGCAAACUGUGGGGUUGGGUAUGGAGUGAAGCUGGCAAACAUUCCAAGCUUGAAGAGGCAUUGGGUAUGGGUGGUUUUGGUUAUCCUACGAUGGCUGCAGUAAAUGUUCGCAAAAUGAAGUUUUCCAUCUUGAAAGGCUCCUUUGACAAAACUGGUAUUGACGAGUUUCUUCGACGUCUUGCUGUUGGACGUGGAUCUACUGAGCCAAUCAGAGGGGCAGCUCUACCAGAGCUUGAAGCAGUAGAACCAUGGGAUGGAAAAGAUGGACAGUUGCCCCAGGAAGAAGAUAUAGACUUGAGUGAUUUUGAUAUGGAUGCUGAAGAGAAAACUGAACUUUAAAUUACAUGAAGAGAUGUAUAAUUGUUGUGAUAAUUGAUGUGUAAAGGUUCAGUGCGUUAUGCAACUGUAUAGCUGAUGUAGUAGCUUUAACAAAACAAAUUAUUACGUUUAAAUAAACUGCCUUUACAACACUUA